AGUUGGCAUAAUUGUACUUACUUGUAGUUAUAGUUUAGUUCCCCAACCCAUAGUUGUAGUUAUUGUUGUUUCUUUUCUCAUCUCAACUCAAGUAAAAAAGUUAAGUUAGGCAGGCAUUCUCUUUCUCUCUUCAUUCUCUUCUUUUCUUUUCUGGUUUCUCUUUCUCUUUCUCUCUUAACACACAAACUCAACAAUUCACAACAAGUACCAUCUCAUCAAUCAAUCAAUCUCAACCCUUCUUUCUGAUCCAAUCGACGGCCAACCCGCAUUCACCAAAAAUGGAUUCCCGCUCACCACAACAACAACCACCACCACAACAAUCAACCAUCAUGGUGGGACCCACAUCUUACGCUCCAACAAACACCUCCAUGAUCAGCCCUAAUUCCUCCGCCACCAACCUCAUGGCACCCGCCACCGCUCGAUUUCCUUUCUCCUCUUCUCAACAAUCGGAGCCAUUCUCCGUCACUCACGACGCUCCUCCUUCCUCUCCGUCUACUCUUGCUAAGAAAAAACGUGGCCGUCCUAGGAAAUACUCCCCUGAUGGUAACAUUGCUCUUGGUUUGGCUCCUACUCGUGUUUCUUCUCCCGCCGCUGCUACUUCCGCCUCCGCUGGUGAUUCCGGUAACGCUGAUGCUCCUCCUAAGAAACAUAGAGGAAGACCUCCUGGUUCUGGGAAGAAACAGUUAGAUGCGCUUGGUGCUGGUGGGACUGGAUUCACUCCACACGUAAUUGUGGUGGAGUCUGGUGAGGACAUUACCGAAAAAGUUAUGUCCUUUUUACAGAUAGGGCCUCGGACGGUUGUUAUUCUUUCUGCAGUUGGUGCAAUCAGCUGUGUAACCCUUCGACAGCCAACAUUAUCUGGCGGUGUUGCAAGAUAUGAGGGCCAAUAUGAGAUCAUAUCAUUAUCAGGUGAUAUGCAGCUAUCUGAAAAUAAUGGUGAACAGAACAGAACAAGCAGUUUAUACGUUUCCCUUGCUGGGGCUGAUGGACGAGUUUUGGGUGGUGCAGUUGCUGGAAUGCUAACUGCAGCGUCGGCUGUACAGGUCAUUGUUGGUAGCUUUAUAAUGGAUCAGAAAAAGUCAAGCUCGAGUAUGGUGAAAUCUGGGCCUUCUUCAGCACCAAAUUCGCAAAUGCUGAACUUUGGAGCUCCUACGACUCCAACUAGUCCCACCUCUCAAGGGCCUUCAACCGAAUCCUCGGAGGAAAAUGAUCACAAUAGUAACUUUAGUAGGGGUCCUGGAAUCUACAAUAAUGCUAAUCAGCCUGUUCAUAAUAAUAUGCAGCAGAUGUACCACCAUCCACUAUGGGCUGGCCAAUCUCAUCAGUGAAGAUAUCGACAUUGGAUUAACAGUGCAGAAGAAGGGUAUUUGUUGGAUGAUUAUUCGAAGAGUAGUGUCUACAGGUCAAGUCUAAAUUAUUAACAUGCAUUAUUGAGGACUGACUUUAGAACAGUCUAUAUAUUAUUAAGGUUUAAGUUAAUCACUCCAUCGUUCAGCCAUUUAGGAUUUCUUUUUCAUGUAUCUUUUAUUUAUAUACUAGUAUAAUUGUAGUGAUUCUAAUGAUGCUAGCCGAGGAUAUUGCUCUGGCAUUACCCGAAUUCUGUCAUUUUAGAGUUUGUUAUCUGGUACUCAGCAGCAGCAGCAGCAGCAGCAUAUCAAAAUCAGAUCUGUGCUUUUACUCA